CAGAGUCGGGCAGGCGGGCUAGUGGCUAACAAGUUGACUGAAUACCAGGGGUAAAUUGUCAGUAGAAACCAUACCAGUAAUCGUCAAGUUAAUUUUUUACCGUCUAAACUUUAGUCCUGGACCUAGAUGACGCGGCUAGACUGAGGAGAUCGCCAGCAACCACGGGCUGAAGCACUGACGUCCUAAUAAUAAACAUUAAAGCGUCGUCAGCUAACAGUUAGCAGGCAGGCAAGCGUCCCGGAGGACUGGCUGAAUAUUUCCGGCCAGUGCUUUCCCUCCGUGAGCCAGUCAGACGACCCAGCGGCAGACCCCCAACGGAGCAGAGAUAUGCAGUUGCCAGAGCAGCGCUGACAGGCCUGACUCUGGUUUAACACGACCAUGGAGUCAUCCUCCGAGUCCCAACAGGAGCCUGAGAAAAGUUUGCACCAUGCAGAGUUGAGAGAGCACCAUGCCACCUCCGCUGCUGUAGUGUGCAGUGAUGACACCGUCCUUCUGACCCCAGGCAGGAUGAGCCAGCGCCAGGUGAAGGAGCGGGACAAAGAGCGGGAGAAGGAGGCAGGCCUCCAAACGCCCAACAGGGAGCAUGUUGCCACGCCUUCAACCCUCAGCCCGGGGGUCAGCUACAGCCACGGUUUCGAGAGAGGGAAGGAGGACCUCUUGCCUAUGCCUUUGAAAGAGGACUCACAUUCCAUAUCCAAGAGCAAGUCUGAAACAAAGCUGUACAAUGGCUCAGACAAGGAUGUGUCGGCAUCUGGAGGGAAGCUCACCAAGAAGGAGUCCCUCAAGGUGCAGAAGAAAAACUAUAGGGAAGAAAAGAAGAGGGCAACCAAGGAGCUGCUCAGCACCAUCACCGAUCCCUCUGUCAUCGUCAUGGCCGACUGGCUAAAGAUCCGUGGCACUCUGAAGAGCUGGACCAAGCUGUGGUGUGUGCUGAAACCAGGCGUCCUGCUCAUCUAUAAAACCCACAAAAAUGGCCAGUGGGUGGGAACGGUGCUGCUCAACGCCUGUGAGCUGAUUGAGAGGCCCUCCAAGAAGGACGGCUUCUGCUUCAAGCUCUUCCACCCGCUGGAGCAGUCCAUCUGGGCCGUCAAGGGUCCAAAAGGAGAAGCAGUUGGCUCCAUCACGCAGCCGCUACCCAGCAGCCACCUCAUCUUCCGUGCUGCCUCUGAGUCUGAUGGUCGAUGCUGGAUGGACGCCUUAGAGCUGGCCCUGAAGUGCUCCAGCCUGCUGAAGAGGACCAUGAUCCGCGAGGGGAAGGAGGACAUGAGCGCAGUAGCCACUGGCGGAGAACACUCCUUUCAUUUCUACAGCCUCCUCCGAGCCCACAACAUGCAGUUCAAUGACAGUGACCAUUUGAAAGACCCGGACCUGUACUCGGACAAGUCAGACAGGGAGGGAGAGCAGGACCAUGAGGAGUCGGACCCAGAGGGCCUGGAGAAGAGUGAGGAGAGCGACAGCGACACGUCAGAGCGCCAAGACGACUCAUACAUUGACCUGGAUCCCAACGACCAUCUGCGGGAAACCCCGUACCUGGAACAGUCCCACGAGGAACUGGGAGAGGCUGGGGAGGCUGCCCAGACAGAGACGGUAUCAGAGGAGAAUAAAUCUCUGAUCUGGACUUUGCUGAAGCAGGUCCGACCGGGCAUGGACCUGUCCAAAGUGGUGUUGCCCACCUUCAUCCUGGAGCCAAGAUCCUUCCUGGACAAACUCUCCGACUACUACUACCACGCAGACUUCCUCUCAGAGGCUGCGAUCGAGGAGAACGCCUACAACCGCAUGAAGAAGGUGGUGAAGUGGUACGUCUCUGGAUUUUACAAAAAGCCAAAGGGGUUGAAGAAGCCUUACAACCCCAUUAUUGGGGAGACGUUCCGCUGCAUGUGGCUCCACCAGAAGACCAACAGCAAGACCUUCUACAUCGCAGAGCAGGUAUCCCAUCAUCCUCCGGUGUCAGCCUUAUAUGUAAGCAACAGGAAGGAUGGAUUCUGCCUCAGCGGCAGCAUCCUCGCCAAGUCCAAGUUUUAUGGAAACUCCCUGUCGGCCAUAUUGGACGGGGAGGCUCGGCUCACUUUUCUCAACCGAGGAGAGGACUAUGUGAUGAACAUGCCCUACGCUCACUGUAAAGGCAUCCUGUAUGGCACCAUGACCCUGGAGCUGGGCGGCCAGAUCACCAUUGCAUGCGAGAAAACGGGCUACAGUGCACAGCUGGAGUUCAAACUGAAGCCAUUCCUGGGCAGCAGCGACAGUGUCAAUCAGAUCUCCGGAAAGAUCAAGCUGGGAAAGGAGGUGCUGGCUACGCUAGAGGGACACUGGGACAGCGAGAUCUUCAUCAAUGACAAGAAGACGGGGACGGUGGACACUUUCUGGAACCCGACCCCAGAGCUGAGACAGAGUCGACUGAUCCGCUGCACUGUCCCGCCAGAGGAGCAGGGAGAGUUUGAAUCAGAGAGACUGUGGCAGCACGUGACCCGGGCCAUCAACAGCAAGGACCAGACCGAGGCCACCAACGAGAAGUUCAUCCUGGAGGAAGCUCAGAGGAAGUCGGCCCGCGAGCGGAAAGCCAAAUGCGAGGAGUGGAUCCCUGCCCUGUUUGAGCAGGACCCCAUCACCGGAGAGUGGCAUUACAGAUAUGCCGACACGAGGCCAUGGGAUCCACUCAACGACCUGAUCCAGUUUGAGAAAGAUGGCUGUAUCCAGACCAAGGUCCGACACCGCACCCCUAUGGUACGUUCUGGCAGUCUUAUUAGUCUGAGUAACCAGGGGCCGCGGAGGGACAAUUGCAAGUGCCAGGUAACGGUGCCAAAGAGGAAACACAAGAGUGAUAAGCCCAAAAGCCCAGAGAGUGGCUGCUCCUCACCUGAACCCGACCGUCAAGACUCGUCUGGAAGCGAACGACACAAAAGCAAGCAUAACAGUCGGCUGAGGAAAAAAGGGGCCGACCUCAGCGAACUUCAAAGUGCCAUUGAAUCUAUAAAGCAGACGCAGGAGGACAUUAACAGGAGCAUCGGCGUGCUGCGGAGCCGCGCGUCAGGACGGGUGGAGGGCGGCUCCUUCCUCCAGCAGCGCGACUACAUCGUCAUCGUUUUCCUCAUCCUCCUUCAGGUCCUGAUCAACUAUGUCUUCAAGUAGCAGCCAAACCCCACAGAGAGAGUGAUGCCCUUGCACGCGCGCACACACACACACACACACACACACACACACACACACACACACACACACACACACACACACACACACACACACACACACACACACACACACUCUCAGCCUUUGGCGUCACAGUGGGGUACUAAGAGACGUGGACUUUGACCUUUCACAAUAAGUGACUACAGCUGUCUCCUCCAACUCUCUUCUUCUCUGUCUUUAUUCAAGCCCACUGCACACGUCCAGAAAAGUGGAGACUUGGACACAGAAAGAGACUUUUUAAAACUCGUAUUUAUUUUUAGCCAGUCCAUUCCAAAACUCCUGAGAGAUCCACAGAUUUCAAAGCAGAGAGGAGCAGCGUUGUUGGAGGUGAGAUUUUGGUGUGAUGAAGUCUCGACUGCCACUCUGGAGCUUAUUGAUUUGCCUUGAUGUAGGAGGCAAAGACAGCAGUCAUUUUUUAGCUGUUCUUUGUUUUUUCCGUUGGUUUUUCCUUCUUCCGACGAAGUGAAACUGCUCUGUUGAUUCACAUUUCACUUCCAGCGACAGGGAACCUUUUUAACGUGGCGACGAGUACCAUGACUUUAACAAAGAUGAAAAAGAAAAAAAAAAACCUUUGAUUUUAAUGUUUUUUUAUCGUUUCGUUUCCUUGCUUGGUGUGUCCUUUGAGAAUAGCUGUCUGCUUGGAACAAAAAGCGUUGAUAAGGGAGAAAAAAAACAAAGUGGUCCAAAUCUAUGUGAGUUUUAUUUUUUUAUUAUCACAUACUUUCAUAUCGGCUGGGUUUUUGAACACGCAGUAGGUAAAAGAGAGAGACAAAUAACACACGUGAUAUUGUUAAAAGGAACAGAAGCUAUAAUUUCUGCUGUGUAAUAAAACUUUUGCAUACAAAGUCAAUGUUUUAAAAAAAAAAAAAAAA